GGAAUUAAUAUAAGCUUAUAGCUUGUUUUCCGAUCCUCGUUGUAUUUGUACUGUAUUGUAAUGUAGUUUGCAAGUGAUGAAAUAAAAUAUUGUUUAAACUAAUGUAGUGAAAAUAGUAUGCCUAAAUUGUCCGGAAAACGUGGUCACCGCAAUGGUUUCUAUUUUACUAUUUGAUCAAAUUUAGUCACGUGACCAAUGUGUUUUGGAAACAUGGCGGCGAUGUAUACAGUUACCUGUCAUAAUUUAGUCCAGCAGGUGUCCCCAAUUUGACCGAAGGAUGAUUCAUUUUUGACACCAAAGAAAGAAAGAACGGGGAUGGAUGCCCGGGAUAUGGCAGCCUAUCUUGGCUAUGAGCAGACAAAUGUGGCCACUUCUGAUUAUGUGGAAUCCGGGAACAUUGAGAUCCCCAGUACAGACACAAGCAAAGACAUGGUAGACAAUGACACCAGAGACCUUGAAGAAACCCAGACUUCAAAGAGACCAUACAGAAGUUACUUUACUCAACAGUCAACUGCAUCAAAUGUCAUUGAGACUACCUUUGAAGUGCCAGAUGCAGAGGAAACUUUGAAAUUACUACGCAAGCCGUUUCAAAUAAAGAAUCCUGGAUAUCAUGUUUGCAAACGUAGCCCUGAUCACAAUAGCAUUAGUUUUAUGCACUGCAGGCAUGUGCUUGGUCUGGGAAAGCAGUAUGAAGCUUUACGAAGAAUCAUGGAAGAGAGGGCACGCCUGGAAUUCCUCAGAGAUUGUAUGUUCCGGAUAAAAUCAGUUUCUGCUUUUGUUCAAGACCUAGAAACACUGGUACAGAAUGAGUAUCGGACAUUUUAUGCCAUUACUCAUCAGUGUGUUAAUGAAUCUCCCAUGACAAAGUUGUAUUGUCUAAACGCACUUUGUGAGGACUUACGAACACACAUCGGCCACUGGAAUAGCAUCAAACAACGCAUACACACCAGCAAAUGGCUGCAACCAAUGAUUGGCAGAUUGUAUAUUGAUGUUGAGCAUGUGCGGAAAGCUCUGUUUACAUUGUACAACAGUGCUAUUUACUGGAUGGAGAAACUCAUCAUUAUUGGCUUUCAAGUUUUCUCCCAUAGUAACCUCGCUGGUUUAUCACAAGAAGUUCUGUGGAAUAUCACUCGUGGUCUUGAGGACUUCAACAACAUCCUAAACAGCCUUCCAAAAUCAAGAUAUAAGCCUUGUGUUAUUAUCAACAGCCUUCAGUCUGAUUGGUGCUACAGAAGUUCAAAGUCAGAUCCUAGCUUAACUAACUUCCCUGGUUUCCUGGCCAACAGUGCUAAAGCUAUCCCAUUUUCAAAGAUAUUGAAUAUAAUAGCCAGUGAAAGGUCAAAAUAUGCUGCAUUGGCAACUCACAGAUUCUUCACAUGUAAUGAAGAGUUCAUGAAGAUUCUCAAUUCUGGUAAAAUACCUGCCUAUGUUUGGAAUGAUGAGGUACAAAGCCAAAAUCACAGCAUGACACAUGGUCAAGAUACAUCUGACUAUCACACAGCUAGUGGCAGUCUGACUAGCAUCAGUGGUGCAGUGUUGAGGGUGGGACCUAUUAGAGCCCCUGACCUCAGUCAAAAGCCAGCUCCUCUUACAGAUUUUGCCUCUCAAGAGCAGCACUUUGCAAAUACAUUUCUUUUCAUUGUGUGCAGCUCCACCCAUCUCCUCAGGAAAAGCGAAAGCCAUUCAAAAUCAAAACACAAGAGCAGCAGAUCUCAAAGUGUAAAUAAGAGUGUCAGUAUUCAGAAGCCUCCAGUAGGUCAGGAAACUCCAGUUCUCUCUCGUUCAGACUCCAAACGAAAAACUGUCUCUUGGGGUGAUUCUGAUGAUGGGUCAAUCCGAACACAACUCGUAAAUCGUUACAUGGACACCUUGUGGAAGUGCUUUGGGAAAGCCCUGGAGCAGAGGUUCCAUGAACCUGCCUGGUGUUCAAGAAAAAGUCCAGAGUCUGGAGGACUGGGAAGUGUUGUGUUUUGUAAUGCAACUCUCAUUGCUGUCAUCAGAAACAUGAUUGAACAUGUUUGUCUGAAAGAUAUGUUUCCUGUGACAUCUGUCUCGCCAAUGCUGGGUCUGGCUCGCAAGUUCCACACUAUGUCUGCCAUGGCAUCUUGGGACACUAAUAUGUGUGAGGUGUUAGGGUCACGCCUCAGUGAUAAGUGUUAUCCCUGUCCCCUGGCCGGAGGAGACUACAGCACACGGACAGGCAUGCUACUACGCGACACCUACCAACCACUCUUUAGCAUAUUACAGGAAGACCUCAAAGACUUGUCAGAAACUGGAAAAGAUGCCACAGUUCUGGUGCCAAAACAGGAUCUGGACCUUUACCACACAACCAGCAUUGUGUGUCGUCUGAUGACAAACUGCCAGGUGGCCCACAACUGGUGUAUCCACAAGUCACAGGCGUUUCUUGCAUCUUGGGCGGUCGGAAACUUCCUUCUUGUCACACAGACAGACCUUAAGCUUUUGGCUGAUGAAACCAAAAAGGCACUGUAUCAAUCAAGGAUCUUCAGUGGAAAGUCCAUUAGCAAGCCAUCUCAAGCAGAACAACAAAUGAUCAUUUAUCUCGAGGAGAUAACUCAACAGAUGUCUUCAGCUGAUUCACAACUGCAGACACUGUCUGGAUCCUCCAUGAAGAUUUUCUGUGAAAACUGUGAGAAAAUGGCAGAUGAGAACUUCAAGAAAUCCAUGCCUGUGGGGAAAGCAUGGAAAAAGAAAACUGCACCAGAGCUUCCAACAGAACACAGUCUGUACAUAGAACAUGCUUUAGAGGCCAUUUUGGAGCCUGUAGUUGAGGGAGUGAGUAAACUAAGACAGACAGCACAGCUAAGUGCUAUCUCCAUGGCAACUACCUCGUUGUGUGAAUCAUGGAAAAACUUCAUCCUCAAGGAGAAAAUCAAAUUUAGCUACAUUGGUGCUUACCAGCUUGGAAUUGACCUGAAUUUCGUCAAGAGAUGGCUUAGUGAAUACAUCUCCAACUCAGAUGUGCGUCAGAGCAUCCUUGAUCUGAGUGUAUUUCGGUACCUGAGCGGUGCUGUUAUGGUGUUGAAGAAACAGCCUUACCGCAAGGGCGGGGGAAGGCUCUUCCGUGAACCCUGCUCUUCCGAGGAUCUAAGUUGUGGAGAUAUGGAAGCGGUCCCUCGGGAUAACAAGAACUCUGACCGCUCUCCAGAUGCUGAAACUGACAUUGACAAUCCAACAGAUGAGUCUGACAUUCGCUAUGUUCAAAACAUUGAUGAUUGGCUGGCACUGAGAGUCCAAGGUGGAGCUAAGACUUGGCGUUUCUCCCUUUGUCUCAACACCCCUGCUACCAACCAAUGAAAACUGAUGUGAUGGUUUCUAACUUUAAAAUCAACCAUUGGAACCUACUGUUAUUAUUAACAAUAUGAAAGCCGAAAAUUUCAGCUGAUAAGAAGGAUGUGUGUUUAGAUGAAGAAUAUAACAACAGAGAUUUGUGUCUCACUGGUGUAUGUUGAAUAAUUAAGUAAGAAUACAUUCUAUGACUUCUUAUCUGUCAAGUUUUCCAUCUUUGAAAUAAAAAUAGAUCAUGCUAAACUUAUAUAAAGUUUACUAUAAAAACUGAUAUUAGUAAGCCAUAGAUAAGAUUUAUAUAUGCAUCUUUGUAUAAUACAGAAAAGUCAAUGAUCAGUUAUCCAACCAUUUAGUGAAACUUUGUCGUGAAAUCUUAAUUGUAUCCAAAUUUGGAUAUUAAUUUUUAAUAUUUAAAAUACACCAUAGCUAGAUGUAUUAUUAAGUGAAAUUUUCGAUAGUUUAAAGAUACUCAUUGCUAUAGAAUAUGGCUUCGCAAAAUAUAUUCAUGUAACUGACUUAUUUAUAUGUUCAUUAACUGUGAUAUUGAAAGUUAAGAAUUAACACAGAUUUUUUUAAGCAAGGAAAGACAUUUAUUUUAAUAGAUGCUGAAAAUAUUUGACUGUAUGUGCUGCCGAAAAUAUUUGUUUCAAAAGAUGUGCUUUUGUUAUUUGACGAGUAACACAAUCAAAGUAGUAGUAGUAAGUAAAUAUGUACUAAGGUGUGCGUUGUGAUCUCCCAAUCACAGUCUGCUUCUCUCAUAUCGACUCCAUGGAGCUCUAUGAUUGACAUGAGAUGAUAAUACAGUAUAUUGAAAAAUUCUUGACUUUAAAAGGUAUGGGAGUCCCGACUGUCUAGAUAAACGGCCAGUGAUAUUUACCACAAGGCCAGGUUAUGCUACAUUUAUAGACACGGCCAGUGAUAUUUACCACAGUGCCCGGUAAUGCUACAUUUAUAGAUAAGUUUUAGUUUGUUUUCAGUUGUCCUUUUUAACAAUUAAUUUUCCUGUGAUUUCUGAUUAGUAGAAUUAGGAACAACAAUACAAUAAAUGUUUUGUAAACAUGUUUUUAGUAGUUGUAGCAUAAAGGACAAAAUCUUCACUGUUAGAUUGCCAAGGUUAUUUUUUAACAAAUAAUUCCAAAAUGUCAAAGCUUGGGAUAUCUUAACAUCAAGAGAAAGCCAAUAUGCCAAGAAUAUUUGUUAUACAUUUAUCUGGCUUAACUCCUCUGGUUUUGGUUUUUCACUGUAACUGGAAACCCUUUUGGUCAAAUUCUUCCAUUUCCCAUCAAAAAGAUCUAUCUCUGGAGGUCCAGUUUGAUGUACAUUUCAGGGACAAACCUACAUUAAGCUUCAAUGAUUGACAACUUCAUCUGAAAUAUUCACACCCAGCAGGAGCUGAAAUCAACUACAAUAUUUGGUCUGAUAGAUCAAAUAAGAUUUCAAAUAUUACAAUAACAUACCUCUGUAGGGCUAAUUUUCAAUUUUUCCCAUGGUUUUUCAAGACACAUUUCCAUGAAAAAGUUGUACUUAUCUUGAUGAUUUGUUUUUGGAAGGGAUGUUGAAUCUAAAGGCUAUACAUGUAUUGUGAUAGCUUUUAAGUCGUUUUUCAGUUGUUGUUGGUUUUUUUGAUGACUUCUUUUUGUAAUUUUCUUUUAAUGACAUGUUGAAUGUGUAUUUAGUUUUUAAUCUAUUUUGGAUAAUUUCUACUCAUUCUGUAGUGCUGCCAUGUCUGUAUAUAGGGUUUGUGCAAUGUUUGUUUUUCCUCAUUGAUAAUGGCAUUUUCAGUUGUGUAUACUGUACUUUUAAUUGGUACAAGGCUUAGAACUGUUCCUACCUCUCAUGAUUUGAAUCAUUUUGUUUUUACAAACAUAGUUACUGUGUGUACUGCAUUCACUCUUAGUCAAGUAUUGUGUUGUAAGAAAUCUUGGUAUUUAUUUUGUGUUAUUGGAACAUUCCUAUGCUGUUUUAUGUAGUCCGUCCUUUGUCAAUGUUUCUGGUUUCAGUAACUGUCUGUAAAAUCUCUGCUUGUUUGGUAGAACAUGUACCUGGUAGUAAGAAUCUAUAUGAUUCUAGUAUAGAUUGAACUGCACACAUAUACUUCUAGUGAGUAGUCCUAUGUCAGGCCAAGUAAAAUUGAAUUUUAUGUAGCUUUCAAAUGUUUAUUUUCAGUUAUUUUGGCAAUAAAUUUGGUAAUGUGAGCAUAAACUAUGCAUGUGUUGGUGCCUGAGAAACUGUUGUUAUUUCAUUUGGCCUUAGAUGUAUAAGUCCUCCAAUGUUAUAGGUACUGGGUCCUAGUGUUGAGUCUGAUUCAUUACAGUGACAGUAAAGUAAAACUGUCCUGUUGUGUACAAUGUAUUAAAACAUUGUACACAGAUUCAAGAAAACUGCAAACAAGAAAAACGAAAACAGUAUAUUUGUACAUUUUUGGAGAAACUAUUUUGAACAUUUUUGUGAGUACAUGUACCUUGUUCAGUUGAGAAAUGAUUGAACAACUCAACCCUGUACUCAUAAUAGAUUUACUAUUAAAUCCCAUAGUUAAUAUGAUUUUAAAACAUUUAAAAUGUAAUUCUUUCCGAAAAUUUUAAAAUUCAAUCCAUGAUCAUUGCAUGAUUUUUUAAAAACUUUCUUACUCUCCAAUUUCGUUAGACAUUUUCUGAAAAGCAAUCUUCAUUUCAUAAAUUUUGUUAUAGAUAUUUUCUCAUUUUAUGCAUAAAGACAUGAUUGCAUUUGUUUAAAACUAGGGUGAGGUGUUUUCAUGAUAAAGCCAAAAAGUAUGAGGGUACCAGUUAUUUUAGAAGCAAAAUCAAAAUUGUUUGGGUCAGUAAUAACAGUAAAAAGUUGUACCUUGUAUUUAUAAUCAUGAUGUUUUCUUUUUUCAAAAAAACAAUGCACAGACUGUCAAUGGUGACAAAUUCAUUUAUUUUAUUUAUGUGUUAAAAUCAAUUCACUACAAAGUACCAUCAUUGUUAUCAAGUGCUAUUGUUGAUGACUUUAUAGUGAAGGUAUGUUCUAGACAUUCUGUAAUCCGCCAUCUGCUUGUGUGGUUCCUCAAUUAAAGGAAAUGAUGUUGUAACAAGAUGUUCUAGCCUAAAAACUCCAUAUGAUUAACUAGAAUGAAUGGAACAACCAAUAGUUUCCAUAAGUUCAUGAUGACCAAAAACUACAUAAAACCCUGGAGUACCAAAUAGCUUUACGGACACUUUACUCCGAAAUUAAUAUGAAGCUGAUGGUAAAUUAAUAUGAAGCUGAUGGUAAAUUAAUAUGAAGCUGAUGGUAAAUUAAUAUGAAGUAAAUUAAUAUGAAGCUGAUGGUAAAUUAAUAUGAAACAAUUACUUUAAUGUGUUUGGGUGAAAAAUGGAGGUAACAACAGGUUCAGAACUAACUAUUAUUUUUCUUCCAAAGCAUUUAUCUAGUUGAUGACAAGGAUAAAGUGUAACCUUAAGACUGGCAAUAAAAAAGACCAAUUUAUUUUCUUGUAAUUGUUUGAAAUCACUCACAACUAAAUGUGUACAGAAGUACAUGUACUACUAGAUUUGGUCCUUAAGAUUAUUACCUACAGCUGAUAGUCAAUUUUUGAUAUAGUUAAAAGACAAGCAAAUUAGACACAAAUGUGAUUAUUAAAUAGAUCAGUCUCUACUUGUGCAGAACCAAUACAACAACUUUCAGGCUGUUAUUGUAGUUUAAGAUGAGCUCAGACUUUUUAAUCAUGAAGUGUUUCUGAUAAUCUAUUUGAUGCCAAAACAGAAAUGAUCAAUUUGCUUAAUAAUUGUGCUGAUCACAAAGUUAGUGUUAAUCUAAUAGUGCUUCUCGCGUUUCUAGUCAUCAUUUCCUCUUACUAUGAUACUAUUGACUUCUAUUUCAGUGUUUUUCAGACAUUCAUGUGGUAGCGUAUUGUUUUGUCUUAAAAUAUCUAGAAUUGGCUAUUAAUAUAUAUUAUAUGUGUCUCAGAUUAACUAACUUAGGUAAAUACCCAAUACAACACAACAUAUACAUAUGUUUAGAUGCUCAACCAAUUUGUCUAUUUUGGCUUGUGUUUACCAGCCCUUUUUUGAGAGAUGUUCUUAUAUUUCGCUUUCUUUUCUUUUCUUAAAGCCAUUGACAAAUAGAACAGAAGGUAAAAUGAUCGUAUGUACAAUAACAAUGCCAAUGGCAUAUUGCAUACAUCUCAAAGUUUUUCUAUUUUUUUUUGGAUAGGAAUGAGAGAGGAAUGAGAGAUGAGUUUUUUCAUAAGCAUGAAUUUGGUGACAUUUUGUAAUCCUUGUAUUGUCCUUGUGUUAGUCAGGGUAAAAUAGAGCUCUUCCUAUUGUAUCCAUGGUCAUUGGUUUAGUCGUACCAUUGUACCAGUAAUAUAUUUUGAGAUGUUUCCAUACAUGUCGAGUGUAGGAAUGCAUGUAUUGGACAGAGCUGUGAUUUGUAUUACAAACUAGUAUGUGUCCAGGUUUUGUAUUGGUUGAUUCGUAAAGAUGCAAAGUAACUGGUCAGAUAAUGUUUGUACCUUUGUUAAUUAUACCACAUGUGCUGAAAUUGUAACUUUUAUUAAGUUUUUUUUCUAAUCCUGAAUUAUUAAGGAAUUUUACCAAAGACUUAAGAGUCUGGGAAUAUAUAAAAUACUUUAAUAUUAGACUCAUAAUUUGGACUUCAUAAUUUUAACUAUUUAAUAAACUUCAUAAUUAAACUGACUAAUUAAUAUUAAAAAUAUAAAAAAUAAUCAUGUCAUCUCUCCGGUAUUAUUGUGCCCUAGAUAAAAAGGUAAAAAUUGAUAUAAGGGAGAUAACUAAACACAAAUCACAAGUACAAGUGUAUGGUAGUAUUUAUCCUUAUUAUUAAUAACGUUAUUUGUUGUUUUAAGUUUAUGUUUGUUUUUAAUCCUUUAUUUUGUUGUCUUAUAAAAGCUGUCUCUAAUAAGUAGGAUUACAUGUAUGACUUAUAGCAAGUAGGGCUGUAUUCUUUAAUUUUCUAAUUUUAGUAAUUGUAGCUUCUCUUGAAAUCAUAUUAAAUACCUGAAGUCGAUAAAAUACAGCUUUAGUUUAUCCUUCUUCAAAUUGCUUUUUUUUUUAAAAAUAUCAGUUGAUACCACUAAAGGUAUACAUUGUUUAUAGUAGCUAUUACACCACAUCUUAUACACAGGCAUUGCUAUCAGAAUAAAAUCUACACAUGUACUACAUUUUGUAAUCAAAUUGUCAACACAAUUCAUAUUACAUAGUGAUAGUGAUGGUGUAAUAGCUACUAUAACAGGUUUAUCUUUUAGACCAUGAUCCAGUACUUUCAUUUAUAUGUAUUUCAUAUGUAGUUUGCAUGCAUGGCCCGACAAGUUACAUCAUAAAACCAAACCGUAUUCACUAAUGGUGAUAGUGUUAUAUGCCUUUGUAUCUAAACCAAUUCAUUUAUAGUUUUUUUGAAAGCAAAUAUUUGAAUUCCACAUUUUAUAUGAAGAAUUGUACCCCCACUAAAUUGUCCAUUUGACUUAUACAUAACUAUUAUCACUAGAGACAUGUACCAUAUAUUCAAAACUAUGAUCAACCUUUAAACAUACAUUUAUGAUAUAAUUACACUUACAGCAUGAUAUGUGUUUAUAAAAUACCUGUAUAGAUAGAGAAUUACAAUUUUAUACAAUAACAAGAAAUAUCUUUUAAAGACAUAUGAACAUUUCUUCUUUUAUAAAUAGACCUAAUAAUCUAGAGGAACUUUUAAGUAUUAGUUGCAAUAGAUAAAUAGAGUUAUUGCCCUUUAUAUACUACAUGGUUCAUGGUUUGGAUUUGUCCUUUUUAAUCCCAGAUAAUCUGUUAUCACAAAGAAACACCCAGCUCAAAAUAACGCCCAUAUCUUUAUAUAUACAUCAUAGAGAUAAGAAUGAAUCUAUAUAUACCAGCCAAGGAGAAAAAUGCAAAAAUACAACAGUACAUGUACAUAGAUUUACUUGUAUACUAAAAUUUUAUUGAAUAUUGCAUCUUAUACAAAUUCAAAAGGAAUUUGGCAACAGGUGUAAUGCCUAUACGAGCCCUCUCCUAUUACUGGUAUACUGUGAUCUCUUGUUCAAUAAUCCAGUUGUAGGCACAAACAUUGAUUAAUAGAUACAGAGAUACCCCCAUACUAGUUAAUCUGUAAAAACCAGCAAAUCAGAACCAAAAAAAUCAAAAAGGGCGGAGAUUUAACUAAAGGUAGCUUUGUUGGUACUACAGAGUCGGUCAACCAGCCGAAGAACGAAAAUAUUUUUUGUUUUCAAAUGUAUGAAUAUCACACUUUAAAAGAACCCAUUAGAUUGUGUAAGCAGAUUUCAUCUUUAUAUCAACAUCAAAAUUAUAAUUUAUCCUUAUUUAUACAGAUUUGUAUUCAAACAUUUUAAAUAUUACUUAAAAGCAUUUAAAUAUAUGGGCAAUUUACUAUUAAUUAGUUCAUGAUCAUGCAAGUUAUUUGUUAAAUUAUACCCAUUUAUGAAGGCACCUAUCCAAAUUAUUGAAAAGUUGUACAUGUAGCAUGAACAAACUUCUGAAUCUGAUUGGUAGAUAAACCUUUCACAAUUCAUGUCAAUAUCAAUGAUAUUCAUGUUUGUAAAUUAUAGUUUUGAUGCAGGAUUGUGACUGUAUAUUUUGUCGAAUUAUCCAAAGUUGAAUUCCAUUUCAAAAUGUAUUAACAUAAUAAUCAUAUAAACUUCAAUAACUCCCAAAUUAUUUACCAUUUUAUUGAACUUUAAAUUCAUUUGGAGAUUUUUCAUCAAAUGAUUGAUAAAGCCUUUGCUGUGAUAUUGGCACUACUCAUACUUUUAUUUUAAUGUGGAGAAUGAAUACCUUAUGAUAUUAGUACCCAAUGACGUGAUAUUGAAUAAAUUUACAUUUUUAGCUCAUCAGGUCCAAAUGACCUGUAAGCUUAUGUCAUGAUGCAGUGUCUGUUGUCCCUCUGUCCGAUAUUUUUGCUUGAAUAAGUUUUUCUUUGAAGGUAAUGAACAUAUAUGAACAUUUGAUCAGAGCCAUCUUUGGGACAAGGAAACUCAUGAUUGAUUGUUUGUGAGGUGGGACCCAAAUUUGGAUAAGUUGUAAAUGUUUUUGAAAUGUAGACUGAUCACCAAGGGCCUAAAUGAAGCCACACCAACUUGUUAUGUAUCCAUAUUGUGACAAAAUACAUGUAGCUUAGUUUUUAACCUAAUAACUACAUCUAAAACAAGGACGUUGGAGACAAGUCAGGGGACCUGUUAUAUUUGGGAUUUCCUGUUAAUAGGUCAAUAUAACCAGGUGAGUGAUUACUUAUUUAAUUGAUAAAUAUAGAUUAUGAUGAUAGUCUGAAUACAUACUUAAUAAAAUGUAAUUUUAUAUUUUGGUUAUUUAGGCAGAGACCACCUUUUACCUAUAUUAUAUCAACUCUUUAAUUACAAUGUUAUUUAUACAAUAUCUACAUGAGUUAGGCUAGAUCAAGAUUUAUAUAGUGAAUUCAAACAUAUAACCAUUACACUGGAAUAUACAUGCUGCAACAAAGGAAAUAUUUCACAAAAUUGAGAAAUGAAAUCGGGUAAAAUGAUAAAAGUAAUCUUAAGAAUAUAUUUGCAACAAUCAGAUUUAAGUAUCUCCUCAUGAAAAUAUAUCAAAUAUAUUUACUUACAUAUGCAAAAUAAAUAUGUAUAAAAGAAAAUGAUGAAAAUUGUCAAUUAAGAAACAGGAGAGAAAAUCUCAAUUUAAACGUGUUAUUUAGCUGUAUUUUAUCAUGUACUAGAGAGUUUAUUUAUUGUCAAAUGCUUUCGUUAAUAAUUACAAUCAAUACAAUGCAGAUGUAUUUAUGGUGCAGGAUUGUUUUCAAAACAACCAGUAAUGAACGAUAACAAGGUGUUCAGGAGUCAUCAGAAUCACUCCUGGAAAUGUCAAAAAAUUGUUUUUAAAAAUUCCGAUGAGAAGUGAGAAGUAUAUUUAGAGAGUAACUGUGUGGUAUAGAACAGGUCACUUACAAUUAGUGCUGUAAUGGCAGGAAAUACCUGACAGAUGUAUCUUUGAAAGUGUAAGGUUAGAAACACCUUGGAAAGAUACAGGGAAAAGAAUGUGUGGGGGAGAUGUCAAAAUAUUGAAACAAUAUACAGGUAAUAAGUAAUAUACAUGUAUUGAAAAUAUUUUUUAGUUUUUGAAAAUUGUUUUCCACUCCGACGAUAAGAAAUAUUUGUGGAAGUUGAAUUUGAAAAACUACAUAGAAUGUGUCUUAUCGACAGGAUAGUGCCCUUAUGUCCAUCUGUUAUGUGGUUUAUGCUCAAUGCAACCAACCUUUUGUGCCUAUAGACUAUGAUAGCUAGGUCUGCCACCAUUACACCUUUAGACAAUAGCUCAACACGCACAAUCACUGGGCUGUUUAUCCAUAUAGUGCCACAGUUACCUCAUGUGGUGUAGUUAUUAGUGUUGAUGUUUAUACCAACCUUUAUCAUAUCGUUCUAGUAUAGAUAUUGUGACAUUAUCGAGAUGUCCAAUGUCUGAGGAGAACAAAUUCUGAAACAUUUAUAACAUUUUAUAUAUAUGUACAUGUACUGGUAUAUAUUUUUAAAUGACAGGUCAAGAUUUUUUUAAUAUUUUAAGAAAAAUAAAUUCUUAAAACUCCCAUUAUGAAAAGAAAAUAUGCGUUGGCAUACCCCAAUAAUUGUGAUUUACCAUUGUCUAACGAGUAAUUAUUUACCAGUGUUUCUGUACCUAGAUUUGUAACUCACCGUUGUCGACGUCAUACCAUUAGUCUUAGACUACUACUGAAAAAACAAUAUCCUGUACUUAUUACAGUUUCUUCUUAGCUUCUAGUUGAACUCAUUUCCUUGUUCAGUAACAUUGUUGUGAAUUUCUACUGUAUACCAAGAAAUUUUGACCCUGUCAAACUUUUGCCCUUCUCCCAUUAACUCAAUUUUUUUAGCCUAGUGUAAAUUUCGCUCUUCACAAAAAAUCACUUUGUGUAUUAUGUUGUCUCUCUGGUUUCGCUGUAAUGAUUAACUCACCCUCGUUACAGAGGUUGAAAAAGUCGAAAAUUAAAUUAUAGUGAAAAUUUCCCGGUAUAAAUUAUUUGAACCACUGUUGAUAUUUACAAUGAUAUCAGAUCAUGUAAAUUUAUAAAAAAUUAGUGCUACAUUAAAAGAAUGUGAAUAAGUUGUGUGUUUAAUAGUGACCUUUGUUAUGUUAAUAAUGAAGUGAACCUGGUCCUCAUAUGAAGUGUUUUCUUGUUGGAAUGAUAUUUGAUAUUUACCCUUGUGCUAACUCAACAAGUUAUGAAAAGCGUUAAUUUCUAUACCAAGCUUGACCCAAAGUUGUGAAAUGAUAAAGAUGUAAACAUGUUGUUUGUUUCCAGACCUGUCAUAACACAUGUCAGUUUUACCACAUUUUUGAUACUUGCCAAGUACACCAGAAUGACACAUUACAAGACAGAAUUUGAUAAUACUAUUAUAUUGUUUUGAUAUUAUUUAUAAAUCUACAAUUACAAUAGUUUAUAUCUUUAAUUACAAAAGAACAAAAUCAAAUUACUGCAAAUGAUGACAGAUACUCCAGAACUCCAGAUAUGCAUGUAUUAGUUGUACUUAUAAUUGAUAUUAGGGAUUUCCAGAAAAACCCCAGAAAAUAUUGUGGACAUGAGUGUGUGUGUGUGUGUGUGUGGGGGGGGGGGGGG